AUGUUAACCGAAGCGGUGCACCACACCAUACAGUGGAAAACGGCAUUUGACCUCCAAGUCAAGGUGUCAAAGGCAGGAAUUGUGGAAUUCAGGAUGGGCCAACUAGUACAGGUAUACCAAAAUAAAGUGGCCCUAACUCUAGGCACAGAACACAAGCUGACCCCCUUGUGGUCGCCCCCUUGA